AUAAAAAUAGCUAUUUAUCUUUUUUGGAGUAUUAAGAUCAUUCAGUUCAUAUAUAGAAAUAACGUAUAGAUGCAUUAUAUUGAUGCCUUUCUACAUUACAUCACAAUAUACUUUGUUAAACUAAAAAAUCCGAUAAUUAUAAAUGCAAAUACCAACAAAAGUAGCUUUUUCAAGAACCCGAAACAAAUCUUAAAAGAACACAAUGUGUUAACUAUGAAUAUGGUGUUGAAAAUAGGCUAAUUAUAUAUCACCAUUCAAUUCAAAUUAAGAAAAAUAAUGUUUUCUUGCGGAUUCAAAACAUUUGUGAUUUGGUGUGAAUAAAUCGAAUUACUUUUGGGUGUGUUUUGUUUGGUGUUCUUGCUUUUGAGACACAUUUGACAUGUUAUAGUCGACAUUGAUUCAUCAUUUUGAACGUUUUUAGUUCAAAGUGACCUUGUUUGAUCGGGAAGAAAGAAGAAUAAAAAUGGGAUUAAGAUAGAAAGAUUAGAAAAAGAAAGGAGCAAAGAGAAAUAUAGCAUCCAAAAUCAGCGGUUUGGGCGCAGUGCCCAUGCUCCCUCUACCUUGUCAACUCCGCUGCCUUGCAUACGAGACAGAGUAGUCUUUUUACAUGACAAGCAAAGCAACCUCCAUUUUCCAUAUAAAUUAAUAACCCAUUUCUCCUUCUUCAAGAACACCCCCAAAUUCCCAAACUUUCGCUUCUUCUUCUUCUUCUAAAAUGGGUGUGGUUGCAGGGGUUCACAGCAAACUCAGCAACAGCAGAGGAAGGCCUUACGCUCUGAUGCUGCUGAUUGCAUUUGGGGCAGCCUUGCUUGGAGUCAUGCUCCUUCAUAAGUUCAGAGAAAGGCGCAUAUGCAACCUUCUCCUCAAGCGCACAGACGAAGAUCUCCAUUCCUUUCAACUCCUCUUCCAGAAGGAAAGAGAUCGAAGUAAGGAAUUGGAGAAGAACAAUGAAGACAUAAAAGAAUCGAUGUUUUUGCUCCGAACCCAGAAAAUGGAACUUGAUAGGAGGCUGCUGGAGUUGCAAUCGACCAUCGACUCGCUCAGAGACGAGCAGAAGAUCAUAAAAGUUGCACUCCAAGAGAAGCAGAGUGAGAUCAAGAUGUUGAGGGAGAAAGAGACUGAAAAUGGGAAUGAAAAUUCUCAAGUGGUUGUUCUAACUCAACGCCUCAAGCAAAAGGAAGAUGAGUUGGAGGAUUUGAGACGUCGACUUGAGUCUCGUGGAGCUGUGGCUGCUAAUGAUCCAUCAGACCCACAUGAAGAUUCAACAAAGACUGAAGAACAAAGCGAGAUAUUGCUAGAAUCAAUGAAGAAUAACAGAGGAGAGAGUAAACCAGACUUCAGCGAGGAAAGCACUUCAAAAAGAGAUGAAACUGAAACUGAAACUGAAACUCAAAAGUCAGAGGAAACCCCUGAAAGAAGGGAGAAAGAGGCUGCGAAAGUGCAGAAGCAAGUGAGCUCUGAAGACGAUGGCGAGGAAUCUAAGAUCACCAACGAUCACAAGGGGGAAGAAGGUCAUGAUUCUGAAGCAAUUGAAAAUCAGAGAGCUGAUAAGAUCCUGAAUGAUGGGAUGAAGAUGAAAACAGAAACAGGCAAAUAUGGGCAUACGAGAAAGAUGAGAGGAAAAAGAUGGAGAUACAUCGCCAAGAAAAGGUCGGGGGAUAACGGAUGGAGACUGAUUUCGAAGAAAAGGAAGCAGGAAAACAACAGACAUUUGGAAGACAGUGUGGCAACUAGCACGACCAAUAGGAAGUUCAUUAAGGGAGGGACUUUCAAUGAGGAGAAAAUGAAAGAGUACCCAGAGGAAGCUAGAGAAGAGGAAAACAAAAGGUUAAAAGAAGAAGAAUUGAAUAGGGAAUCCAAUUCUGAUGUGGGAGAUGAUAGCAUUAAGCAAAACCCAGAUGAAGAGAAUGAGCUAAAAGUGAAGAAAAGUGAAGAAAAACAGGAACAAGAACAGGAGGACGAUGGUCAUUUCAAUAGGGAAUCCAAUUCUGAUGUGGGAGACGACGUUAAAGAAGAAACAAACAAGGAAGAGACAGAGGACGAGUUCUAAAUCAAAUGCCCAAGUGUUGUUUAUUUUUUUGAUAAUUUGAGUAGGCAAAUGGGUGUUGUGUUAGUUGUGUUGUAGUGCAUAGAGCUUGCUCGAUCAUGUUACUAAAUUAUGAGUAAUCAAACCAAGUAGACUUUCUACUCGA